AUGAAGGUUACCGUCCUCCUCGCUGCUCUGGCUACGGCCGCCGUCGCUGACAUCCACCUCAAGACCGAGGUCCUUACCGAAGCCAAGUGCACGCGCAAGACCAAGGUCGGCGACAAGGUCAACGUCCACUACCGCGGCACACUCCUAGACGGCAGCGAGUUCGACGCCUCAUACAACCGCGGUUCCCCCUUGAACUUCGCUGUCGGUACCGGUCAGGUCAUCAAGGGCUGGGACCAGGGUCUGCUUGACAUGUGCCCUGGCGAGAAGAGGAAGCUCACAAUCCAGCCCGAGUGGGCCUAUGGCUCGCGAGGUGCUGGCCCUAUCCCCGCCAACAGCGUUUUGAUCUUUGAGUCUGAGCUGGUCUCUAUUGAGGGUGUCGACAAGGAGGAGUUGUAGAGGGUUUGGACUGACCCGUAUAACGAAGAUAUGCGAGCAUGACGUACUAAACGAAGGGAAAUACAUCCCACAAAUCUGGGAUAGUAGUUUCCAUGUACAUACAUAGCAUCAGGUAGGUAGAGAGAAUACUACCAGAAACUGCAAGCUUGUUCUGUGACUUUGUCAGUACUGUUUGAACUCUCUUUUUUGGCUCUGCACAAUAACAGAUUGGGGUUUAGGCGCUAUUCUUCAGCGUCGAUACCACCCAUCUUCCCUUUCGCUUCCGAUUCCACCACUAGAGUCUACACAUCCUCUUCAAUGACGAGACUUUGGCUUUAAUCUUUGGUC